UGCAGCUAGAAAGAACAGACCAUAUAUUAUAUAUCUCUAUGGCUUAUGCAAAUGAAAAUUUCUUUGCCGAAUUUUUCCAAAAAGCUACUGGAAAGAAUAUUGUACAAGAUAACUUGGAUGAAUCUUACUUUAGCCAAAUCAAUCCACAUCACACAAUGCCAGGACAGGAGAUCCUCAUCGAAUCACCUGACGAUGAUGAAAACGAUUCUAAAUUUGGAUGGGAUAAUAAAUCCAUUUUAUUCCUCCUAUCCAAAUAUUCUGAACGGCUUGCGAAAUUUAGAAGUCCAACAAUAAAAAAAAUUACGUUGUGGAGAGAAAUAGAAAAAGAAUUUCAUAAAAUAGGGAUUUCGCAGGUUAAUGCACAAAUGAUUGACCAUAAAUUUCGCAAUUUGAAAGCCAGAUAUAAAAAUAUAAAAAAUAAUAACAAAAAAACCGGACGAGGUCGACAAGCAUGGGAGUGGUACCAACAAAUGGCGGAAAUUUUAGAAAGUGAUAAAUCUGUCAAUUUUGACAUCGGUAUCUCAUCAAUGGAUGAUGGAGCAAUCAACUUAUCGCAGCACAGAAUUUCAUCGGCAUACAGGUUAUCAUCGACAUUAAUGUCAUCUUUUCAAAAUUUUUAUGAUAGUCAUAAUUUUACACAUUUUUCGUCACGUAUUCGGUCUCUUUCCUCGUCUUCUGACGCGUUUUCGGACAGUGAUGCAGAAACUAGUGCUGACACAUCCUCCAAUUCACAUCACCUGGAUGCUGGCGAUUGUAGUUGCAGUUCAAAUGCAGUGUCAAAUGGAGAGCCAAUAUCAUCAGGGAGCGCACAAUAUUUAACAUGUUCUAAUCCAUCAAAAGAAUCUAAAACUAGAAAAUCCACCCAUGCAAAAAACUUAUACUCACAAAGAAACAGAGCAUUGCAGCAGGAGUCGAGCAAAAUAGAUGUACUACGAAGCAUUGAAAAUAAAUAUGACAGAGCAUUGCAGCAGGAGGCGAGCAAAAUAGAAGUAUUGCGAAGCAUUGAAAUAGCAGUAGCACAUAAAAAUGAAUUAUUGCAACGGAAAAACGAAUUAUUGGAAAGACGAAAUGAGCUAUUGGAAAGUUUAAUUGAGAAAAAGAAUAAUACCACGCAGUAAUUAAAAAUUAUCUCUUAUAUCUUAAUGUAUAAAAA